AUGGGCGAAGCGCCGAGCUGGCAGCACAUGUGGGGCGCGCGGGUCAAGACGCCGUGCGACAUGGAAGACGACGUGCUCGAAGACGUGAUCAAGCACACGACGUCGCGCCUCGGGCAGUACGACACGGAGGAGUGGGAGAAGCACGGGCUCGCCGUCUGCGACGAGAUCCGCGACCACCUCGACAAGGCGUGGGAUCCGUCGUGGGUAGUCUGCGUUGGCCGCAACUUUGGCUCGUACGUCACGCACGUCACGCGCAACUUUGUCUACUUUUACUACAACGAAAAGGCCAUCUUGAUCUACAAGGCGGGCUAAGCCUCGCGAUGCCAUGUAUAAAGUUAAACGAUUUCUCUCUUGCGA